CUGAAACCCUUCGCUCUAUCUAUAUAAACAGAUGCCCUUCGCUCUCGUCUCAGCAGGCAGCAUCGUCUCAAGUUUUGUUCUCCUCUCCUAGCUAGCCAGCACCUGCAGAUCUGCUCGUUGCCUUGGGCUACUGAUUUUGUGGAACGAAGCGAUGGCUCGCAGCGGCGCCGUGGUUUCCUGCAUGCUGCUCCUGGUGGUGGCGGCGCAACUGCUCAUGGUGAUGGCCACGCAGACAGCGGCGGCGGCGGCGGCGGCGGGCGACCAACGCGGAGCUGGACGCCGGCUGCUGUGGCAGGUGACCUGCCACUACAGCAACUGUAAUUGCCGCACUUGCCCGAUAUAUGGCUGGGCGUGCUGCAGCACUUGCUGCUAGCUAGCUAGCUAGCUAGUGUGAGUUCUUCCGCGCGCGCAAGCAGCCUUUGCAUACCACCCCUCUUGCUUAGCUCAUGCAUGUCCAGCAGUAGCCGGUUGCUGGGCUCGUCGUCGUCGUCGUCUGCGGCGGCGGCGGCGGGGGCGGGGGCGGCGUCAUCUCUGGCGUGGUUACGUUCUCAUCAGCGACUUCUAAUGGCGCUCGCUCGAUCUUUAUUUCCUGCAGUCCUUUUUGUAAUAAGAAGCCAAUUGAUGUGUGUGCACGCGCAAUCCUAAUAAUAAAUAGAUCUUCUUUGUGCCUUGCUUUGUUUGAUAUAUAUAAUAAAAGUCUUCGUUGCAAACGUA